AUGAAGAUCGGACGUCCAAUCGCUUUUACUGUUCGUCAUCGUGAGUCUGCUGGUCGCCUUGAGGCUUGUGUUCUUUCUCCAUCGGGCACUAAGGAGGCAGCUCUAGUGCAGGCAAUUGAUCGCGACCAAUUUGCCGUCCGUUUUCUACCUCGAGAACCUGGACCCCAUCUGAUCCACGUUUGGCUUGCCAAUGUGGGACUGGGAACUGAUGAUCGCCUCGGCGAUGGUGGUUCUAGUAAUGGGCUUGGUUCAGGACCUGGUCAAGGAGCAGAUAUUCCUGGCUCCCCAUUCCGUAUUCUUGUCGAUCGUGGUUCAGUAAUCGGUUCCGGGCCGGGAUCAGGUACAGGACGUGCCAGUACACCCGCCGAUCCAAGCAUGGUGAAUGCCAGCGGACAGGGGCUAGUGCAAGCCACAGUCGGUAAGCAUCUGAUAUGCGGGAAAGCAAAUAAGCGGAUCAUGCAAAAUUUAGAAAAUUAG